GAGGCACAAGCUUUACAGGGAGGAGCUCAACUUGACCUCCCUAGCGGCGCCACUGCCGCUCCGGCCGGACGCCAGUUGGCUCCAGUUCCACCUGGGCAUCAGCCGGGAUGGGCUGUACCCGCGCUCCAGCCCCACCAUCAACAGACUGCUCCGGGACAUGCGAGACUUCACCACCAUCAGUGCUGACUACAGCCAGGAUGAGAAGGCGCUGCUGGGAGCCUGUGACUGCAGCCAGAUCGUGAAGCCCAGCGGGGUGCACUUGAAGCUGGUCCUCAGGUUCCAGGAUUUUGGGAAGGCCAUGUUCAAGCCCAUGAGGCAGAAACGCGAGGAAGAGACCCCCGAGGACUUUUUCUACUUCGUUGAUUUCCAGCGGCACAACGCGGAGAUCGCUGCCUUCCACCUGGACAGGAUCCUGGAUUUCCGGAGGGUGCCACCCACAGUUGGGAGGUGGAUCAACGUCACCAAGGAGAUCCUGGAGGUCACCAAGAACGAGAUCCUGCAGAGCGUCUUCUUCGUCUCACCGGCCAGCAACGUGUGCUUCUUUGCCAAGUGCCCGUACAUGUGCAAGACGGAGUACGCGGUGUGCGGGAACCCUCACCUGCUGGAAGGGUCCCUCUCCGCCUUCCUGCCGUCCCUCAACCUGGCACCGCGACUCUCCAUCCCCAACCCGUGGAUCCGCUCCUACUCCUUCGAUGGAAAAGAGGAGUGGGAAGUGAAUCCGCUGUACUGCAACACGGUGAGGGAGAUCUACCCCUACAGCAACGGCAACCGGCUGCUCAACAUCGUUGACAUGGCCAUAUUUGACUUCCUAAUAGGAAACAUGGACCGUCACCACUACGAGAUGUUCACCAAGUUUGGGGACGACGGCUUCCUCUUACACCUGGACAAUGCCAGAGGGUUUGGGCGGCAUUCCCACGAUGAAACCUCCAUCCUGGCCCCGCUCUCCCAGUGCUGCAUGUAA